ACAGAGGCCAAAAAAGGGUUCAUAACUGAUUAUCACGCACGCACACACUUACACAUGCGCGCGUAUUCCUGGACAACAACAACGACAAACGCUUCACCAUCCUCAUCACGCUUCACCAUCCAACACGACUCCACCCAGGCUCGAAUCUCCUGUCAUACACACACACACACACACACUUUGCAUUCUCAUACAUUCUGUAUACUCACGCCUAAGUCCAAUCAUUACAUCCUUUACAUUCCAAUUAGUUCACCUCGUUCUAAUGACCGUCAUUGCCACCCUCUGUCUCAAGAGCACAGGCCAGACCCUACAGCUUGCCCAGGAUACUACACUAUUCAUCGGCCGCGGGUCCUUUGCGGGUGUCACCUCGACUCACAUCAGCCGCAAACAAGUUCAAGUCAUCUCAAAAGCAGACGUGGUCACUGUCACUCGACUUGGCAUCAACCGUUCAAUGCUCGACGGUAAAGAACUCCCAAAGGACACGCCAGUGCCGCUCCACAGCGACAACAUCCUCACCCUGCUAGAGCACGAGUAUCCGAUUGCCAUUCAAAUACUGCUAGCUGAACCAUUCUCAAAAGACAUCAAGGACAUGGAAGAGCAUACCAACAACACAAAUCAUAAGCGGCCACUGGAACAACAAGAGCCAGAAUUCAUAAGCACAAAAGCACUGAAGACGGGCCCUGUCAGUUUUAUCCGCAAUAAUCCUCCCCUUGCAUACAACUCACAUCAUCAACAGCAUCUUCGGAUAGUCAGUUGCCCGCGCUCUACUGACAGAUCUGAUGCGGUAACUGCUGCUGUGAAGGAUGAAGCCAAUUUGAGUGUUAUUUCAAUUCAUUCGCGUCAAGGAUCGGACCCCCUGGAACAUGAAGACAAUAUGUCUGAGGCUACAUCCGAUUCCGAGAACUACGAUGCAGUCCAGGACCAGCACAGCAGUAGCGACAUAUCCGCUGAAUCCAGCAUCAUAUGCUCCGAUCUCUCCGACCUAAAUGGUGCCGAGGACGUGAAGGAAGCUGAAGAGGUUAAUUGCCUCAGCAUUGGUGGUGACUACCAUCCCAGCUUUGAGAAAACUGCUCUUCAGUUGGACUAACCAGCAUCAACACGGAGCUCACAUUUCAUACUUGCUAAUAAAGUAUAGCA